AUGGCCAGUCAGGAAGACGCUGCUGAAACUUACAAGAUUGUGGUCCUGGGGAACGGGACUUCGGGCAAGACAUCUGUCAUUCGUCGCUACUGCCAAGAUGGCUUUGGCAACGCCUACAAUCAGACCAUCGGCCUCGACUUUUUCAUGAAACGACUCAAUCUGCCCGGCGACAAGUAUGUCACCCUGCAGAUCUGGGACAUUGGGGGCCAAGCCAUUGGUGGUAAAAUGAUUCGCAACUACCUCGAGAACGCCAAGGGCGUCAUACUAGUAUAUGACAUCACCAACCGUGACUCGUUUGAGGAUCUCGCCGAUUGGUACCAACUCGUGGUGGACACUUGCUCGGACUCGGGCAUGCCACAUGUCGGGCUCAUGGCCAACAAAAUGGACCUGGCUCACAUGCGUGCCGUCCCCGCCGAGCGCCAUGACGACUUUGCCGCACGUCACCAAAUGCUUAGCUUUAGCGUAUGUGCUAAAGACGGCAGCAACGUUGAUCUCUCCUUUCGUCAACUCGUGGCCAAGAUAACACGCAUCAGCAUCUCCCCUGCCGAAAUGGAAGCCUUUCGCACCAAGCGCAUGACCGCCGGUAUUGUCAAUCAUCCCAAGGCUCCCAGCGACCCCUCCACUGUUCCUAAACCCUCUGCGGCCACUCAAGGCAAACCUCGUUCAACCCUGUGCCAUGUCAUGUAA